ACAAAUGACGAGGGACAAUCUUGCGGCAAGCAUGGGCGCAACGUUUCCGAACAAGUGGAUGAAUCGGAAUGCAUGUGAUGCCCGGUUCGUCGGCUUCCCGAGAACGUUUUACACCUUUGAUUUCUUGACUUACGUCACCCGUCACCUCGUAACGUAUGAACGUGAAACUUGGUAAAUACCUGCCGCCUACAGUGAACGCCGUUACUCGCCGACGACGUGCAACGAUCGCUCCGAUAAAAUGGAGCAAAUCAUAUGCGGAAAAUUCGGCCACGGCAUUUUACUAGUCGCCAAAACCUCCAGGCAGCCAAUAACGGCCGUUACCGCGCGAAAGCUGAUGUCCGGGAAAUACAGCAGGCACUGCAGGCCGCUGCUGGCGUCGCCGCAACUACGAUACUUCGCAAAUCCGCAUCGUGGAUACACGAUGCUGAUAACAAGAAUAUUGAGGGGAGCGUUAAAAAUUCGAUACAUUCUCUUGGGAGGUGCAGUCGGUGGUGGCGUUACCUUGCAGCGGAAAUACGAACAGUGGAAGGAGGGCUUGCCGGAUUUGGAAUGGUUAGAGAAUCUGAUGCCGAGCGAGAAGCGAUGGCAAGAUCUCCGCGAGUCACUCAUGGCGAUCAAGAGCAACGUGGUCGACAAGAUCGAGAUCGAUCCACGUAUAAAGGAGUUUGGGGUAGCUAAGUAUCAAGAGUACAGGACCUUGUUUGAUCAGAGACUGGAUGACGCUAUUAAGGCAGCAGAAAGUCGUCGAAAUAGCUACCAAGAGAAUAGCUCGAUACAGAGUGCAUUUGAUACCAUCUCAAUGGUAGCAAAACAAACUUAUUCAGCAGAAACAAAAGAGCAGUUGUCGAAAAAUGUGGUUGCCUUUGCACGUCCAUUGGCUAGUGAUACUACUGAAGAGGAACGUAAGAAAGCUCAUUCUUCGCAAGAGAGGAUGAACGCCAUGCAGGACGAGCUGAUGCAGAUACAGCUCAAGUAUCAACGCGAAAUAGAGAGGCUGGAAAGGGAGAACAAAGAACUGCGCAAGCAGAUACUUUUACGAGGGAAUCAGAAGUUUAACAACAAAAAGAUUAAAAAGUCAUUAAUUGAUAUGUACAGCGAUGUCUUGGACGAGCUUAAUGACUACGAUAGUGCCUAUUCCACUGCUGAUCAUUUACCUAGAGUAGUAGUUGUCGGUGACCAAAGCUCUGGUAAAACAUCCGUGCUUGAAAUGAUCGCUCAAGCAAGGAUAUUUCCAAGAGGUGGAGGUGAAAUGAUGACGAGGGCGCCAGUUAAAGUCACAUUGAGCGAAGGUCCCUACCACGUUGCACAAUUCAAAGAUAGCUCCAGGGAAUUCGAUCUCACGAAAGAGUCGGAGAUGGCCGAGCUCAGGCGGGAGGUAGAACUGCGAAUGAAGAAUAGCGUUAAGAGUGGAAAGACAGUCAGCCCGGAUGUCAUUUCUAUGACGGUGAAGGGACCGGGCCUUCAACGUAUAGUUCUAGUCGAUCUACCUGGCAUUAUUAGCACGGUAACCGUUGAUAUGGCGGAAGACACUCGCGAGGCAAUCAAACAAAUGAGCCAGCAAUACAUGAGUAAUCCCAACGCGAUUAUUCUUUGCAUACAAGACGGCUCUGUCGAUGCGGAGAGAAGCAACGUGACCGAUCUCGUAGCUCAAAUGGAUCCAUCGGGCAAAAGAACGAUCUUCGUCUUGACGAAAGUUGACAUGGCGGAAGAGAAUUUGACUAAUCCCGAGAGGCUGCGCAAAAUAUUGUCUGGUAAACUGUUUCCAAUGAAGGCGUUAGGCUACUUCGCCGUAGUCACUGGUCGCGGCAAACAGGAUGACGGUAUACAAACGAUCAAGGAUUACGAGGAGAAGUUCUUUAGAAACUCUAAGCUCUUCAAAGAUGGUUUAGCGAUGUCCGGUCAAGUGACCACCAAGAACUUAAGCUUGGCGGUAGCCGAAUGUUUUUGGAAAAUGGUUCGUGAAACGGUAGAGCAACAAGCGGACGCGUUCAAAGCCACGAGAUUCAAUUUGGAGACGGAAUGGAAGAACAAUUUUCCGAGGUUGAGAGAGCUGGACAGGGACGAGCUUUUCGAAAAGGCCCGGGGCGAAAUUUUGGAUGAAAUAGUCAAUUUGUCCCAGGUAUCACCGAGACAUUGGGAGGAAGUGCUGAUGAGUAGAAACUGGGACAAAGUCAGUAUGCACGUUUUCGAAAAUAUUUAUCUGCCUGCUGCUCAAAGCGGAAAUCCAAAUACUUUCAAUACCACUGUCGACAUUAAGCUCAGGCAUUGGGCGGAACAACAACUGCCUGCACGGAGCGUCGAAAGUGGAUGGGAAUGUUUGCAGCAGGAAUUUCAGAAUUUUAUGUCGCAGGCUCGGCUCAGUUCGGAUCACGACGAUAUUUUUGACAGCCUCAAGAACGCCGUGGUGAAUGAGGCAAUGAGACGUCACUCGUGGGAAGAGAAGGCUUCCGAAAUGCUACGCGUUAUACAACUUAACAUUUUGGAGGAUAGAAGUGUGAAUGACAAACGUGAGUGGGACCAGGCAGUACGUUUCCUAGAGACCUCGGUUAAGGACAAAUUGCAGAGUACAGAACAACUCCUGCGCGAUAUGUUAGGCCCUAAUCGCAAGGAACGGUGGAUAUAUUGGCAGAACCAAACCGAAGAACAGCAGAAACGUACGGCGGUCAAAAACGAGCUGGAUAAAAUUCUUUAUGCCGACAAGAAACAUGCAGCUACUUUAACGCACGAUGAACUCACAGCUGUUAGGAAGAACUUGCAAAGAAACGGAUUAGAAAUCGAUAACGAAUUCAUUCGUCAGACUUGGCAUCCUGUAUACAGAAGAUUUUUCCUGCAACAAAGUUUAGCGAGAGCGUAUGAUUGCAGAAAAGGAUAUUAUCUAUACCACACCGGGCACGAAAACGAAAUGGAAUGUAACGACGUAGUGCUCUUCUGGCGAAUUCAACAAAUGCUGAAAGUCACCGCAAAUGCGCUUAGGCAACAAAUCAUGAAUAGAGAAGCUCGGAGAUUGGACAAAGAAAUCAAGGAGGUCCUUGAGGAUUAUAGUCAAGAUAACGAAAUUAAAAAAAAGUUACUCACGGGCAGACGAGUCACAUUAGCAGAAGAACUCAAACGGGUUAGGCAAAUCCAAGAGAAAUUAGAAGAAUUUAUUCAAGCGCUAAAUAAAGAGAAAUGAGCAUAGUAAAUGGAAUAUCAAAGUUGAGCACCAUAUUGCACGCAAAGCGAAUCUUUGAUGCGAUUCGCGAUUGAAUGGAUAAUAGAUGAGAGUAUUUAGAGAUGAAUAUCUCGCGAGAAGCGUGAAUAUACAUUGCAGAUGUCUACGAUUAUUUUGAAGAAAUCAAUCACCCAUUAAAAUACCAAAUUUAUAACUCGUUAAGUAUAUUUGUGCGAGCGUGUAAAAAUCAUGCAUAGCACAAGUGACUGCUCAUAGUCUUAGUAACUUUGUGUAACAUAUAUUAUAAUAAGUCGAAAUCUUUGCGCUCUGAUACGAUUCAGAUUUGUAAAUAUGCGAUAUGUGAUCGAAAUGUGAAAGAAUCUUAUUAAUAUGCACCAAGAUUCUUAAAAUAUAUUGAGUAAUGACAUCAAUUGUUUCCUGAACAACCAUAUUUAUACAAAACUGCAAUAGUAUAACACUACCCAUCAUGUUACGAUUAUAAAAUUGUCUCAUUACGAGCGCUAAUAAUAGCGAUAAAAUUCUAUUGUUGCGACAUAUUGCAGAAUGUAUACAAAAAGUACAGAAAAUAUAGGAUGCUAUUCGAAUAAAUUAGCAAUGCGUUGAUGUAUCUGAUAAUUCAAACGUAUAAGAGCUUUAUUUAAAAAUUUCCUUUGUAGAAUCUAUUAUGUGUCUAGAUAUAUAAUUUUUAUUGGAAUACAUUUUGGUCGAUAUCGAGAAGACAAGAAGAAAUAUCAUUUUAUCUCGUUAUAAUUUGUCUUUCGCCUCUAAUUAGCAUUCGAAAAACAUUCUUUCUCCAGAAAUAAAUAUAUGGAUACGA